AGCAAGGACUUACAAAGAAGCAAGGACUUACAAAGUACCAAGGCAAGGCCAGGCGAUUUGGAGAGUUUUACUGUACAAUAUGUAGGCGCCACUGGUCCAGUGCUAACAGUUGGGCAAACAUGGGUCAGGAGUGUCAAAAAUGCGGACGUAACGUUUACCCCUACAAACAGACUCCAUUGAAGAAGGGCGCAAAUGGGCCAACGGAUCUCAGUAAGCAACAUCCACAGAGUCUGUGUGAAAAGUGUAAAGAACUUGGCUUUUACUGCAGAAAUCUCAGGACCACUGACGAUGAUGACACAGACGAUUCUGACAGUGAGGAUGAAUUGAUGAGAAAAUUUGGUAAUCUACGCGUUUAAAUGAUAAUGAAAUAGAUAUGGUAUGGCAAUAUUUAUUUUUAUUAUUGCUGUAGACAAACCAUAAGAAAUGAUUUCAAUAUUAUUUUUAAUAAUAAUAUUAUUAUUCUUAUUAUUAUGUUUUAAUAAUUAUUUAGGCCUACAUGCAAUUAAUUAUUAUUAAUUAUUUCUCAUAUUUUUCUAUCAUCAUAAUUGGAUGGUUUUUAUUAUUUAUAUACUCUUCAAUCACCUAAAGCUAGCUUGAGAUAAAACUCGAGUCAAAAAUGUCUUUUUUUUGUAAUUAUUUUGACUUCAAAUGUAUAAUACAAAUUCUCGGAUAGCCUUCUUAUCAAUUUGUACAUUUUUUAGAUACUCAGAGUCAUACUACGUACAUAUGUUUGCAUAUUUUAUUCAAAUAUAUGUUUUAACAUUUGAUUGGAAUAAGUGAUAUAAAUGGUAUGGUGAUAUUGAUAUUAUUAUUUUGAAGAUGAAUAUACGAUAUUUAUUAUUUAUAUGCAAUAAUUUAUUGUGAAUUAUUAUUA